UUAUUUGCAAACCAAUGACUGCGUGGAAGCAAACUCGCCACUAGUCCCCUUUGUUCGACUCAUUCCUGCGAGCCUCCGAAGGUAAGAAACCCUUCCGUGUUUGCUCCCUCAAUCAUUCACAUGAUCAACUUCAUCUCCUUGUUCUAGUUGUCAUUUCUUCUUUGUUCAUCAAUUUCUCACUAUGAUUCACACUAUAAGCACUUUACCCUCCCAAGGUCCUGUUCCUAUUGGCUUUGUUCUAAAUAGGAGAAGAAGGCUGAAACUGGGUAUUGUUUUCUCUAUUCCUCGCUGUACUAGUUUUAGUGUUUUUCCAUGUUCAAGAAAUUCAGGUGCUUAUGGUACUGUAAUCAUUUCUGGGCACCCAAAAUUUGAUUUCAGAAGUGGGUUUUUGUUUGGUUACUCUGAACUCAAAUUUGAUACCCUUUUGAAGCCAAUCAAGAGUCAGGUAGGAGAUUUGGCUCCACCAUUGGGGUGGGGUUUGGAGGAGGAAGCUAUGGGGAGUGAAUUGGUUGAGGAACAUGCUAGUUCUGAUGAACAUUUACCAGUUAAUGGUGAGUCAGAAUCAGAAGGUGUAAACUCUUCCAAUAGUGAGGGAAAUGGCGCAGAAGAGUGUCGCUGUAAGGUUGAUGUUCGAGCGGUUUCCAUGAGCUUGCAGGCUGCUAAGACUUUGGAGGAUGUGGAGGAGAUUCUUAAGGAUAAGGGGGAGUUCCCCCUUCAGGUGUAUUCAACCAUGAUUAGAUGGUUUGGUAAAGAAAAGAGAAUGGAUACGGCGUUGAUUCUUUUUGAUUGGAUGAAGAAGAGGAAGGUAGAAAGUAAUGGUGAUUUCGGUCCUAACCUUUUCAUAUAUAAUGGUUUGUUAGGUGUAGUUAAGCAAACUGGAAAGUUUGAGGAAAUAGAUGCCAUUCUGUGUGAGAUGGAGCAAGAUGAAAUCACCUAUAAUGUUGUGACCUAUAACACCUUGAUGGCAAUUUACAUUGAGAAAGGUGAAUGUGACAAAGCUCUCAAUAUGCUUGAGGAGAUCCAGAGAAACGGCGUUACUCCAUCCCCGGUAUCCUAUUCUGAAGCCCUGUUGGCAUAUCGGAGAAUGCAAGAUGGCUAUGGAGCUCUGCGUUUCUUUGUUGAGUUUAGAGAAAAAUAUCGUCGAGGUGAAAUAGGUAGGGAUGGUGACGGGGAAGAUUGGGAGAAAGAACUCUCAAAGCUUGAGAAGUUUACAAUCCGUAUUUGCUAUCAGAAAAUGCGCGGUUGGCUUGUCAGUAGUGAGAACUUGAGCAACAAUGUGUUAAAGUUUCUUGUUGAUAUGGACAAUGCUCGUGUUCCACUGCCACGGGAUGAACUUGAACGACUUGCAUGGGCUUGUACCCGUGAAGACCACUACAAUGUUAUAAAAGAGCUGUACGUCCGGAUCAGAGUACGGUAUGAUAAGAUCAGCUUGUCUGUCUGCAACCAUGUCAUUUGGUUGAUGGGGAAAACCAAGAAGUGGUGGGCAGCUUUGGAAAUAUAUGAAGAUUUAUUAGACAAAGGGCCGAAGCCGAACAACUUGUCAUAUGAACUGAUGAUGUCUCACUUCAACUUUCUGCUCAGUGCAGCCCAGAAAAAAGGCACUUGGAGAUGGGGUAUCAGGUUGUUAAACAAGAUGGAAGAGAAAGGCCUAAAACCUGGAAGUAGGGAAUGGAAUGCAGUUCUUGUCGCCUGUUCAAAAGCUUCGGAAACUACAGCAGCUGUGCAAAUAUUUAAGAGAAUGGUGGAAAAUGGUGAAAAGCCUACUGUAAUUUCAUAUGGGGCUUUAUUGAGUGCUCUUGAAAAGGGAAAACUCUAUGAAGAAGCCCUCCGCGUGUGGGAUCAUAUGAUCAAGGUUGGGAUUGAACCAAAUGCCUAUGCCUACACAAUUAUGGCUUCAAUUUAUACUGCACAAGGAAAUUUCAGUAGAGUUGAUGCCAUCGUCAGGGAGAUGGUUGCAGUAGGAAUUGAGGUAACUGUUGUGACAUACAAUGCGAUAAUUAGUGGUUCUGCACGGAAUGGUAUGAGCAGCGCAGCGUAUGAAUGGUUUCACCGUAUGAAAGUUCAGGACAUCGCUCCCAAUGAGAUUACUUACGGAAUGCUGAUUGAGGCCCUUGCAAAAGAUGGAAAACCAAGGCUGGCAUAUGAGUUAUAUUUGAGAGCCCAGAAGGAAGGACUUGAACUUUCUUCAAAAGCUUAUGAUGCAGUUGUGCAAUCCGCUCAGGCUUAUGGCGCCACCAUCGAUUUCGGUGUUUUGGGGCCUCGUCCUGCAGAUAAAAAGAAGAAUGUGCAGAUUAGAAAAACAUUCACUGAAUUCUGCAACUUGGCUGAUGUUCCCAGGAGAAGUAAACCAUUUGAUAGAAGAGAAAUUUAUCACUCACAGACACGACAAAGAACAUAAGUAAUUAAAUAGAUUGAAACUAGCAUAGUCAAAUAUUUUAUAACCUCUGUACAUUCUGGUACUUUGCUGUAGCUUGAGCCUUUUGUAUCCUUAGCUUGAGAAGGUACACGAAUCACACUCAUGUUUUUCUUUCACUUCUGUUAGGAUAAUAGAGAUCUCAACACUUUCUGCGGAA